GAUACAAACAAACGAUCGUGACAGCUAGUGUAAAUGAUCUGCUUCGUUUUUUUGCGUGCAAUCACAAAAUAAUAAUAAUAAUAAUAAUGAUUAUAAAAUAAUAAUAAUAAUAAUAAAAAAUAAAGGUUCCCCACAGCAAUCACCGCUCGUUUAGUUCCUCAGAAAUGUUAGUCUUUAUGGAGAAGAACAAUGACAGGGUCCUCGAAGCGUUUGCUGGUUGGGCCUUAAUAAUAAUAUUUUUUACAAAAACAAUAGGGACCUUCCAGCAGUCACUGACCCUAACCUGCUAUUGACCAUCCUCUCCAUAAUCUUCCCAAGAGGUGACUGAAGAUUAUGGAGAGUAAAUAUAACCUCAAGAGUCCUGCGGUGAAGAGGUUGAUGAAAGAGGCUGCUGAAUUGAGAGAGCCCACAGAGCACUACCAUGCCCAGCCAUUGGAAGAUAACCUAUUUGAAUGGCACUUCUCCGUACGUGGACCCCCAGAUUCAGAUUUUGAUGGUGGCAUCUACCAUGGCAGGAUUGUGCUUCCCCCGGAGUAUCCAAUGAAGCCUCCCAGCAUUAUUCUUCUCACAGCUAAUGGAAGAUUUGAAAUCGGGAAGAAGAUCUGUCUGAGUAUAUCGGGUCACCAUCCAGAGACAUGGCAGCCUUCAUGGAGCAUACGGACUGCUCUAAUUGCCAUAAUUGGAUUCAUGCCAACAAAAGGAGAGGGUGCAAUUGGAUCUCUUGAUUAUACACCAGAAGAGCGGAGGGUCCUUGCCAAAAAGUCCCAGGAUUUUUGCUGCGAGACAUGUAGUUGUACAUUGCGCUCAGCACUCCUGCCUCUGACCCCAAACAGCAACCUCAGCCCAGAGGACCACAUGGCAAAUGAUUUCGCUCAACAAAUGAACUACAAGGCAGACUCAAGUUCAUCCAGUAAAACGGGGAACCAGAGUGACGUUGACACCAAGGUUUCCAAUCUUACCCAGGAAGCCUCCCCGAAUUCUUCAGGCGACGCAGUUGUCGAUCCGCCCCAGACUGAGCAGGCAGAAGUGUCAGCAGCUGCGAGAGUGGAAAGGCCGCAAACUCCUUUGGACACUGAUCAUCCUCACAGUCCACGGCAGCGUCGUGUCCGGCAUGCUCAAAGAGACAACAGAGAAGCCCCAAACAGACCACCUUUAAUUGCAGGGGUCCACGAGGCACAAGAUGAGAGCCACGCAGGCUCUGCUAUGCUUAUAGUGGUGCUCUCUCUGAUCCUGGCUGCACUUAUUUUCCGUAGGAUUUACCUGGCCCAUGACUACAAGUUUGAUUAUGACUUUUCCUAGCUAUUACUUAUUCUCACCUCCUAUUAUUAUCAAUCCUAUUGUAGCCCCUUCAUACUACCGCUAGAAUAUACUGCCAUGUUGGUCUUUUCAACAGGAAGAGGUGGAAGCCCAGCUAGGUGAAAUUCAAGCUUUUACAGAACAAAUGACAAAUGAGAGAUGGCAUGGUUGCAUUGCUUUGGAUUUGAAAUCACAGCUUUCGUAUUAAAAGUUGUUUCAAAUCGAGCCGAUGUCGCUCACAGCACGUUCCAUAAUUGUGUAUCUGUAAAUAAAUGAUUUUGCCAUCAGGCUUAUUUUUGUUUUA